UAGACAGCGGUACCGGGAGAGGAGAGGAGACGAGGCAGGCAACGAGGAGAGAGACCGCUCUUCCAAUGGCAAAGACACCCACAAUUGUUUGCAUGAUUUGUAUAGGUUUAUCUGCAGUCUCCUGUGUUCCAGCGACCAACAGCGAAGUGAGUUUGCUAGACACGGCUAUGAUUCCCGGUGACUGGGGUUGGCUCACCUACCCACCACAUGGAUGGGACUCAAUCAAUGAAAUGGAUGAAUUCUUCAGCCCAAUCCACACAUACCAAGUCUGUAACGUGAUGACAGCAAAUCAGAACAAUUGGUUGAGAACCAAUUGGGUGCAAAGAGAUGGUGCCCGGAGGGUUUAUGUCGAGAUUAAGUUUACCCUACGAGAUUGCAACAGUAUGCCAGGAGUGUUAGGCACUUGUAAGGAGACUUUUAACCUCUAUUACUUUGAAAGUGACCGGGAUCUUGGCACAAGCACACGGGAAAGUCAGUUUCUAAAAAUCGACACUAUUGCGGCCGAUGAGAGUUUCACCAGUGUGGAUCUCGGUGUCCGGAGACUGAAAUUGAACACAGAGGUCCGUGAUGUGGGACCUUUGAACAAACGAGGCUUUUACUUGGCCUUCCAAGACAUUGGGGCAUGCAUUGCCAUUGUAUCUGUCCGGGUGUAUUAUAAGAAAUGCCCAUCAAUGGUGAGAAAUCUGGCUGCAUUUCCCGAAGCGGUAACAGGAGCAGACUCAUCAUCUUUGGUGGAGGUACGAGGGGAGUGUGUGGGCCACUCAGAAGAGAGAGACACCCCCAAAAUGUACUGCAGUGCAGAAGGAGAAUGGCUUGUUCCUAUUGGGAAAUGUGUCUGUAGCGCUGGGUUCGAAGAGCGAAGUGAUUCGUGUGUAGCAUGUGAUCUGGGAUAUUACAAGUCGUCUCCAGGCGACCAGCUUUGUGUUCGAUGCCCACCAUACAGCCAUUCUGACACCCUCGCAGCACAGGUGUGCUACUGUGACACUGACCAUUUUCGCGCAUCUACUGACGCACCUUCGUCAGCCUGUACCCGUCCACCCUCGGCUCCGAUGAACCUGAUUUCUAGUGUUAAUGGCACCUCUGUCACCUUGGAGUGGAACCCACCUCUAGACACAGGUGGGCGCAGAGAUGUCACAUACAAUGUAAUUUGCCGGCGUUGUGCUUGGGAUGCGGGUCAGUGUGAACCCUGUGGGGGGGGCACUCGUUACACCCCUCAACAGUCGACCCUAGAAAAGACUUCCCUUACAGUGACACAUCUUCAGGCCCACAUGAACUACACCUUCUGGGUGGAGGCCGUCAACGGGGUGUCUGACUUUAGCUUGGAGCCACGGAUGUUCUCCACAGUGAAUAUAACCACGAACCAGGCAGCCCCUUCGCAGGUUGUAGUCAUUCGCCAGGAGAACACCGGUCAGAACAGCGUCAGUCUUAUAUGGCAAGAACCCGAGCAGCCCAAUGGAAUCAUCCUGGAGUACGAGAUUAAAUAUUUUGAAAAGGAUAAGGAGCUGCAGAGCUAUUCUACCUUAAAAGCCAAAUACACUCGUGCUCUUGUGUCUGGUCUGAAGCCUUCAACUCGCUAUGUCUUCCAGGUCCGAGCUCGGACCUCUGCUGGCUCUGGGAGGUUUAGCCAAGGAGUAGAAGUUGAAACUAAUAAAGCAAUGGUUCUACGAUAUGACACCAUGACUAUUGUAUGGAUCUGCCUCACGCUAAUUACCGGCCUAGUCAUCUUACUGGCUGUUCUAAUCUGCAAGAAAAGACAUUGUGGGUACAGCAAGGCAUUCCAGGACUCGGAUGAAGAGAAAACUCACUAUCAGAAUGGACAAAUCACCUUCGCAGAGUCGAAGCAUUAUGUAGACCCUCACACUUACGAGGACCCAUGCCAGGCUGUUCACGAGUUUGCUCGGGAGAUAGAGGCGUCCAGAAUUAAGAUUGAAAAGAUAAUUGGAUCAGGAGAGUUUGGGGAAGUCUGUUAUGGUCGUCUCAAACUACCAGGAAAGCGUGAGAUCCCAGUGGCCAUAAAAACGUUAAAAUCCGGGUACACUGAAAAACAGAGACAGGACUUCCUGAGUGAAGCCAGUAUCAUGGCACAAUUUGACCACCCAAAUGUCAUUCACCUGGAGGGAGUGGUAACAAGAAGCAAAUUAACAAUGAUUGUAGCAGAAUAUAUGGAGAAUGGGUCUUUGGAUUCCUUCUUGAGGACCCGUGAUGGCCAGUUUACCAUAAUUCAGUUGGUUGGCAUGCUGCGAGGUAUUGGAUCAGGAAUGAAGUAUCUGUCUGAUUUGGGAUAUGUCCACCGGGACCUAGCGGCCCGCAACAUCCUUGUGAACAGUAACCUGGUGUGCAAAGUGUCUGACUUUGGACUGUCACGGAUAUUGGAGGAUGAUCCUGAUGCAGCAUACACAACCACGGGAGGUAAAAUCCCUAUACGCUGGACAGCACCAGAGGCCAUCACGUACCGCAAGUUUUCAUCAGCAAGUGAUGUGUGGAGCUAUGGCAUUGUCAUGUGGGAAGUCCUCGCGUAUGGGGAGAGACCUUACUGGAACAUGACAAAUCGGGAUGUGAUAAAUUCAGUCGAGGAAGGCUAUCGUCUUCCAGCGCCCAUGGGCUGUCCAACGGCUUUACAUCAGCUCAUGCUGGAUUGCUGGCAAAGAGACCGCAAUGAAAGGCCUCGAUUUUCUCUGAUCGUCAGUAUUUUAGAUAAACUUAUCCGAAAUCCUGAACAUCUGAAAGCCAGUGCCACAGUCAACAGAUUCACUCACCCACGUGUGGAUAGGGGGCUUUUUGACUUUGCCAGCUGCGGCACCGUCAGCGAUUGGUUGGAUUCGAUCAAGAUGGGUCGAUACAAGGAAAACUUUGUAAUGGGAGGGUACUCUUCCUUAGGGAUGGUGAUGAGGAUGAACAUCGAUGACAUCAGAAGACUUGGGAUUUCAUUAAUAGGCCAUCAACGGAAGAUCUUAACCAGCAUUCAGAUCAUGAGAGCUCAGCUGAUCAACACCCUGGGACCCAGAAUGCACUUGUGAUGGGCAUAGCAUGAGAUCUGCUAUGAGUGAGAAAACUGACUCGAAAUGAGCAUACACCCUGAAAACGCACUGACCUUCCCAAACUCUUCAAAUCAGGAGGGCCAUCAAUGGCACAUUCAUUGGGAAGGCCAAGGUUACUCUGUCUAUGCGGUGUUGUGGUAAUGUCAGCCAACGCAUUUUAAGGAAGCAUCGACACCGAAAUGCUGUAAAAGAAAACUUUGAGAUUCUCUGAAGUUAUUUUUCUUCCACAGUCCAAACUCUCCUUUCUGUAAUUAUUUCAAUAUAAUAUAGGAUUUUAAGCUGCAAUUGUAAUAUAGCAAUAGAAUCUUAAUCUCAAGGAUAUUCAGGGUGCUUCGUAAUACAGGGUUUAAUUACUGUGCGCUCCUUGGCUUGGCAUGAGGUGACGCUCACCCAGUAUCAGCAUUUGUACCUAGUUUACAUUUCAUUCUGUGGUUUUGACAUGGGAAUUAUAUCCAUGUCAGAUGAUGAGAUUAGUUACUACACUAUCUUUCCUUAGACAGGAGAAGAUCUCACUGUGCCAUAGCAUCAUCCGACAUUAUGAAGAGUUACCUCUCUAUCCGUCAUAAGACAGAGUUAGCCAUAAAAGUGGCAUUCUGUAACAUGUGGCAUUUUCACAGCACUUUUCCAUGUUAAACGGGAGGAGGCGAAAUACACUGUCCCAUGGUAGACAGGAGGAUUUUUUUCUCACUGCACCAUCCCACGGUUGAUUGUACUGUUCCAUGGUAGAAAGGAGAUGGUAAAAUGCACUAUUCUAUUGUAGACAGGAGGACAUGAGAUGCACUGUUCCUUCAUAGGAAAGAUGAGGUAAAACGCACUGCCCCAUCGUAGACAGGUGGAGGUGAAAUGCACUGCCCCAUCGUAGACAGAAGGAGAUGAAAUGCAUUGCCCCUCAUAAACAGGAGGAGGUGAAAUGCAUUGUCACCACACUGUUCCAAUAAAGAUAAGAGGUGACAACGUUGCAUGUCCAAUGUUAGGAAGAUGCAUAACCACAUGUUCCAUGUUAGGAGUCAUCACUGUAUGCUUUACAUUAUAAGACUUACUACCUUGCGUUCCAUGUUCGGAGGAGUCAUCAUCACAUAUUCCAUGUUGGUGCAGUCAUCACUGUAUGUCCCAUGGUAGGAGAAGUCGCUGUAAACUGCAUGUAAUGAGGAGUCAUUAUGGUAGACCGCAGGAGGCAUUAUUGUAUCAUCUCAUAUUAGUCAGGAGCAAAGAGCACUGCUUUGUCCAGGGGAGACAGGAGGAGACAUCACCACACCAUCCAAUUAACAAAACAAGAAGUCAUCAGUGCACAUCCCACAUCAGGAAUCAUCACGGCACUUUUUCAGUAGGAGUCAUCACUGCACCUUCAUAUAUGACAAGACAUUCCAUAUUGGGAUGAGUCAUCACAGCUUUUUUGCAUCUCGAACAGGAAGACGUGUUACUGUAUGUGUGUUAGACAGAAGGAGGCGUUAUUACACAAUUCCAUGACAGACCAUAUUAGAUGUCACAGCACUUUUCCAAAUUAGACAAGAGAGGACAUUGUGGAACCGCCCCAUCUCAGAUCUUCAAAGUGCUGAAUGUAUUUUAUUUUUAUUUUAAAUGUUUUUGGAUUUGCAUUGCUGGUUCAGUGCAUAUGUCAAUAUUCCUUCCUUGUCCAAUAAUUAGAGAUAUAGUAGAUAUGAUCUAUAACUUUUGUGAAUCUGGAGUUUGCACACGUGUUAUUUCCCAUUGUAGAAAGCACAUACACUUUAUUGAAUAAUCAUUGUGUUUGCCUUAGUAAGUGCACAAGUUUUCAAUGUAUUUUUAUAUUCUAUAGUAUGUACAUAAAUCAAGUAUCUAGAGAACAGUUUUUACAUUUUUUUGGCCUGUCGAAGAUUGUCGUUAGAUUGAAUGGACAACAAGGCAUAACAUCAAACUUGUCCCCUAUCGUGUCACCUUCAAAAAGAUUGUAAAAUAAAAUUAAGUAGAGAGAGAGACACUGAGGCAUUGGGGGAAAAAGACAGAUAAAACAUAAAUUCAGAUUAUAAGUAGCUGUGCAUGAAACACAGAAUCUUGGCGAAUUUAAAAG